AUGCGACUUUACAGAAAAGUUUUAAUUUUCAUACGAUUUCCUUCAUUUAAUAUAAUUGUUAUGAACAUAUUACAAAUAUUUGCUUGUUCAUUAAUCUUAACAAUGCUUGAUGAACCUGCAAAUGCCGGAUGCUUCUCUUUUAUUUCACCAAAAUGUUAUUGUGGGGAAUACAAAAGAAAAGAUUUUACAAUUAAAAAACAAAUUGUCAGUCAAAAUCAAGAAGAAAUUGAAUUAAAUAUAAAUAUGAAGCAUGAAAUUGGAAGGGGAGGAUUUAGCCGUGUAUGUUUAGAACCUUGUCAUUUUCGAGUAUUAAAUCUUCAAUAA